AAGACCAGGUCAAAACCACAGUCAUACACGGCUGGACUGUGAAGCCUGUUAAACAUAACAUGCAACUAAGUGUCUUCAUGACAUCAUUGCAUCAUAUUUGCAUUCUGCCAUAGUGUCACCCAGUUUCAGCCCUUUAUCUGCUUACGUCUCUGUCCUUUUCCUUCAACAAAAUAACGUUCCUUUACGUGGCGUCUGUGGCCGAGUGUCCGUUAGAGGUGAAAAUGCCAAAACUGCGUUGUUGGAAAAAGCUGGGAAAUACUUACUACAUGAACAGUUGAUGGAGUGUUGACGCAGUAUCCUGUUGGCUUUUUAUAGAUUAACUUGGUAGUGAUGCAAUGCUGCUGAGAAUACAACUCCCAGAUGAUGGGAGGAAGUGUCAUCAUUUAAUGGUCACAAACAAUGUUGAUGUCAGUUUCCUCAUUUCUCUGUGAAGCUUUGUUAGUUUAGGACAACUUCUAGUUUCAAAUGGACAAUAUCUGCGGCCUUCAACGCAGCUGAACACCCUUAUCUUUUCACUUUAGCCUUUAAAUAGCUGUGCCUUUCCUGGCACAGGUGAUCUUGUACUUCCCUUUCACUUAUCGUCUGCUGCACUCCUUUUAAAUAUUAAAUUUAUUUUGGUUUUAUAUGUUUAAUUUAGAGUUUGUGAAAUUUUAUCCAUUUAACAUGAAAUAUUUUGGGGGUUUUUAAAGCUACAUUUUACCCUUGAACCUCUUUUAAAUAAUUUUAACCUGUUUUAAUGCUAAUUUCAUCUUUAUUUUCGCCUGAAGCACUGUUUAUUAUCAUUAUUAUUAUUGCUACUAAUAUUCUAUUAUUUCUGACAUAUUGUGUCAGAGUCAGGGACUUCCUCUCUCUCUCUCCACUUGACUCUUGUUUGCUGUCAGUACCAAGAAGAUGAUAAGAUAUGAUAAGAAAGGACUUCAGAUGAAGAAACUAAAGAGGAAGGAUAAAAAGUGGGGGCGAGACAUUUUUAGAUAUAAGAUAAGACAGGGAUAGACGAAACACGACACUUUGAGAACAACUGGCUGCAGAGACAAACCAACAGGAGGAAAGUGAAAUAACUAACUGGAGUUAAAUAAUCCGACUGAGCAUCCAAAACCAACAUGAUGAAGAGUUUUCUCCUACUCAUCCUCUCACUAAUGACAGCCUGUGGGGACGAUCAUGAAGUAAAGGGAUGCUCAGAAGGAUGGGUUGAAUUCAGCUGCAAAUAUGAUGGAAGAAAAGGAAAAAAUCAAAACAUCAGAGUAGAUACUCCCAGAGAUACAACCAUUCAAUGCAAGAAAAAUGAUAUGUGGGAACACCAAGGGAGAUAUUCCCUGUACCAUGACAUAAAAAAUACAAAUCUCAGGGUGGUCAUCAAACAACUGGAAUCUAAAGACUUUGGGAAGUACAAAUGUAAAUUUCACAACGGAGACUCAUCAGAAAAAGUGAAAUUGAAAAAAGUAGUGAUGCGUCACUGCCAGACACCAUUUACUCAAACUGUGUACACAACAGCUAAAACCAACUUCACAUGUGAUUACUCAAACAAUCACUCCAAAGGGAAACACUCCCGUAAAAAAAGGUCCAGUGAGGACAGGUCCAGACUCUAUUUUUUCUGCAAAGAUACACGUGGCAUCUGUGAGGACAUUUUAUCAACAGAAUCUCCUAAAAGGUCAAAUGGGAGUUUCACUCUCACAGACAUCAGUGGGGGUUUCAACGUUUCCAUCAGUCAUGUGUCCUCACAGGAUGAAGGUGUCUACUGGUGUGGAGUGGAAGCAAAGAAUGGAGACCGUGCAGCACGCAAAAAAAUACAUCUGAAGGUUCAACUGCCACCAUCAACACCAGAACCACCUCCUGUUCCAACAACCCAGUCAACUACUGCACCUGCUCAGAGUCAUGUGCCACCAUCAACACCAGAACCACCUCCUGUUCCAACAACCCAGAGUCAUGGUUGGUUACAGGCAGUGAAGAUUGUGAUCAUCUGUUUACCUGUGUUGCUGAUGCUGCGUGUGCUAAUUUCAGUCCUUAUGAAGAAAUGCUUACGUCCAUGAGGAGGUAAAAGAGCGCUGCAAGAAGCCUGACACAGGAAAUGCAACAACUCGUGUCACCGCCUCAACUUUUCAUCAAAGCUGUUUACAUCAAAUGCUUUCACUUUUCAUUAGAGUCAUCAUCAGGUGAAAAUUUGAAUCUGUCCAAAUAUCUGCACAGCUAAUGACGUUCCCAUCAGCCUCAGCUGGACUUUGGAUUUAGUGCUAACUAGCAUGCUAACAUGCAUGUUUACUUCAAAUACCUAACAAAUGUGUUUAAUGUGUUGGUUAAUAUUUUCAUACUCAGCUGUAAAGGGUUCAUCACAAAUUGCUGUCAUCAGUCAUACUGCUCAACACAGUUUGAAAUCAAGUGGUAGUUUACUACAGAUAAAUACUACAAAUCUCCUUUUUAAAUAAAAAAUAAAGACGUUUUGUUCUUUGGAGGGUGGGGGUCAAAGUAAAGAGAGUUAUGAUACAAUCCAUUCCCACAGUUUUGACUAUAGUCUUUUCUUCAGGCAGUAAAUGAUCAACUGUGGCUGAAAUUUGAGAUGAAUAAAAGGUAAUAGAGACCUAAAGUCAGUCUUUCAUUGAGAUG